UUGAAAAAUCUGUAGACAAAAGGAUUUGUGAUAUACGGCGUAUUCAAAAUUGAGUGAGACAAAGCAACCCAUCACCAGGAUUUACCCGUCGACUGCACAUACGAUAUUGCACAUACAAUAGUCAGAACCAUCAUAAACUAAACCCUUUCUCCCCCUUAAACUCUUUUUAGACUUGGCGACCUAUGACAUUUAAAGGCCCAAAUGCACAGUUAUUGUAUGACAACAUAUUGAUUAAAACUCAAGAACAUCUCACUUGCACGAAUGCACACAGGCCGUUAAUAUUUUCUGCUUCUUUUGUUUGUUUUUGUUUGUUUGCUUUUUAUUUGACAGAUCAACAUGAUUAUCGUGGACCUACUUGCCCCCACGUAGGACGUAGCUAACCUUCCACUCGCAUCGGUCGAUGCAUGCAUUCGUGCGUUUGCAGACCGGCACACGGUGCCUCACAACAGCACAGUUAUUCUUUCCCGAUAACGUCGCAGUCGGCGGCACCAUGUCACACACUGUUAGUCUUCCAGAAAGCCACAUGGACCCGGUGCCCGGGGCCAAUCUGGCGCCGUCUACUUCCUGGGCACAGGCCGGCAUGAGCGCACCAGCUCUAUUUAUAACCUUUUAUAUUAGAGCGCAGUGUUUUCAAAUGAGGCUGAGGAGAUAAGACAGCAGCAGGAAAAGUCCAGGGUUAAGAGGGGGGGGGACAAGAACAGUUAGCUGCCAUUUGAAGAAAACUUCUACGUCUGCUAUGUCACAUUUUACGAGUAUGUGCAAACGACACAGGAGGAGCUUCCUGCUCACAGACUGGAUUAACACACUUAUAAUGACAAUUCAUACUGAAUAGUGGGUGCGUUAAAUGGUGCGCGGCCCCUUUAAGAGACGCGCCGUCGUUGUUUCCUGUUUACUGGGACCAGCGCUGUGCGUUAAUGGUUGACAGCGUUCAGAAACGCGCUGCUGGCUAUUGGAAAACAGACAGGAGGUUUUAUCACGUUUCAGGGGUUUCGCCGGGAUGGCAGGGAGAAAAAGAAAGACUCCCGCAUCAGGGUUAAAUCCCACGGAUUUGAAGGUUUCACCUGCCAAACUGAAUAAACAGGAAUUAAGUCAGCACAGACUCAAGGAGGAUUUUUUCAACCAACCCUGUAUCAGUUUGGCUAAAGCGUUGCUUGGCAAGGAGUUGGUUCGCAGGUGUGCAGAUGGUACUGAGCUGCGAGGGAGAAUAGUGGAAACAGAAGCGUACCUCGGAGGGGAGGACAAAGCGUCCCACUCAGCUGGAGGCAAACGCACCGAGAGGAACGCUGCCAUGUUCAUGGAGCCCGGCACCAUCUAUGUGUAUCCCAUCUACGGCAUCUACCUCUGUAUGAACGUGUCCAGUGAAGGGGAGGGUGCUGCCGUGCUGCUGCGCGCUCUCGAGCCCCUGCGGGGUCAAACCGCCAUGAGGGAGCUGAGGGCGGCCAGACGCAAAGACGGAGCCCGACAACUGAAGGAAAAGGAGCUGUGCAACGGGCCUUCCAAGCUGUGCCAGGCUCUAAAUAUAUCCCGCUGUUUUGACCGCCGAGACCUGGCCUCCGACCCAGACGUGUGGCUGGAGGGGGGGCCCAGCGCGAAUCCGGCAGGACCCCACGAUAUCGUAUCUGCGCCCCGCGUUGGAAUUGAAUCUCACGGGGAAUGGGCCAAGAAGCCCUGGCGGUUCUAUCUUCGAGGCCACCCCUGUGUGAGCGUAGCGAAUAGAGAGGCGGAGAGGCAGUCUGGAAAUGUAAUGAACCAGUCGGGUCUCUCAGAUGUGCAGUCGGACAUGUAGCAGGAAUAUCCCUUUAACUGCUCUGGCAUCUGUUGCCUCUGUGGACUUCUACAUUUAGGCAGCAUAACAACUCAGGAAGAAGAAAGACAAGGUGGUAGAAUGACUGACUGGUUGAAUGUCUAAAUUUGAAUCCGCUUAAGUUAUGCAAGAUGUUUCUGCAACUGAUCUUUAAGCGUAUUCAUAGUACUGAUGCAAAGUUUCACUUGAUACUAUCUUUCACUCAUGGGUCUUCCGUCGUUGUUUUUUAAUAAACAGAAAUUCUCUUCUUGUGA